AUGUCGCCCCUCUCCGACCCCGAAGACUCCCUCCUCGCCCUCCCCUCCUCCACCACCGCAGACUCAGCCAACACGCACGCCCUCCGCACAGCGCCCAUAAUCACCUCCGACGCCCUCAUCCACCUCGGCCCAGGCGUCAUCCCCCAACGCGCCGUCUACGGCCGCCUCCUCUCCCAACACGCGCCCGGCUUCCCGUCGCAGUGCAGGGCAGACCGCAAAGCGAAGGGCGGCGCGGGGAAGGUGUACGUGAACACGAACGCGCCGUUCAGCGCGCUCGUGUGUGGCGUGCAGGGGUCGGGCAAGAGCCACUCGACGUCUGUAUUGCUCGAAAGCUGCUUGGUAAAGGACGAGCGGCUCGGUACGCUGCCGGAGCCGCUUAGCGCGCUCGUCUUCCAUUUCGACACCGCCGCUGGCGGCGGACUCGUACAGCCAUGUGAAGCCGCCUAUCUCGCGGCGCUGGAUCCAUCUCGCGCAGGUAACGCGCGCGCACCACCGGUAAAGGUGCUCGUAAUGCCGAACAGCAUCACGAACAUGCGCCGCGUAUACGCCGGCCUCCCCGGCGUGACCGUCGAGCCCCUCCACUUCGCGCCGGGCGACAUCAACGGCAGCCGGCUGCUCAGCAUGAUGAAGCUCGCCGACGGCCAGCAGCUGCCGCUCUACAUGGAGGCGCUCAUGGACAUCCUCCGCUCGAUGGAGACCAACUUCUCCUAUACCGCGUUCCGCGCGGAGCUGGCGCGGCAGAAGUUCAGCCCGGCGCAGAAGGCGAUGUUGAAUAUCCGGCUUGCGUUGCUGGACUCGUGUCUUGCGGGUGGGGAUGAGGGUAAUAGCGUUAGCCGGCACUUCGUGCAGGGCCAGUUGACUAUCAUCGACCUUUCCUCGCCGUUCAUGGACCCGACGUCGGCAUGCGGCUUCUUCGAUCUCAUCUUGGGCCUCUUCAUCGAGGCGCCGUGUACGUCUGGGAAGAUCGUCGUGCUGGAUGAAGCGCACAAAUACCUCUCCGAGUCUUCCUCCCGCCUCACGGAGUCCCUCCUGACCGUGAUCCGGCAACAACGGCACCUGGCCACGCGUGUAGUCGUCUCUACGCAGGAGCCGACCGUCGUGCCGGAGAAGUACCUCGACCUAUGCUCCUUCGUCAUCGCGCACCGCUUCUCGUCGCCCUUAUGGCUCAAGACGCUCGCGAACCACCUCUCCGCCGACAACAAUACCGUCGACUCUCUCUUUGCCAAGAUCGUCGCGUUGCGUACGGGCGAGGGAAUCCUCUUCGCAGCCGCGGGACUCGGACUGAAAGAAGACGACUCCGGCGGAGGCAAGGUGGAGCCUCUUGGGCGGGGAUACGUGGUGGUCAAGUCGCGGCUGAGGAUAACGAGGGAUGGCGGGCAUUCGUUGCUCGCGGUACAAGCUGACGAAGCCCCGGUCCCUGCGAUGAACGCGAGUGUGCCGAGCGCCGGUAUGCAGACACCACCGCAGCAGCGGGCGAACGCGCUGCCGGCUGGGAUGCGUACGCCGCCGGAGUCGCCUCCAAGGAAUCAAUCGAGCGCGGGUCAGGGCGCAUCGCCUAUACCGUCCUCAACCGCUCAGCCUGUCAAGGCCUCGCCAGGCCUGCCUUCCGCCGGCCAAGCAGCAACACCAGCCGCACCUCCACCGCCAUCAUCGCCACCACCAUCCUCAUCUGGCCCACCUCCAACUCGCAAGCGAGCCCCCAUCUCCUCCUGCAACGGCGACACCAACGUGACGCAUCUCGUCUCCUAUCUCGAAUCGCAAGAGCGCAUCGACGGCACAGCAGGCUACAUCCCAUUCAAGCAAGCCAGAACCGGCAUCUCUGCGCGCGGCGCGGUCAUCGCGAAGAAUAACCGGGGUAUAUUCGAGCGGGCGGAGCGGAUGGGGUUCGUGGAGAUCAUGACGAGUGCGGAGGGGAGGCGUUAUGUUCGCUUGUUGCCGCUGUAG